CAAAGUGUCACGUUAAUAUUUAAAAAAAAAAAAUUCGUUUGGUUUAAUUUUUUUUUAAUAAUUAAAAAAGUUUUUUAAAAAUGUUAUUUUUUAUUUUUCUAUUCUUUAUUAUUUUAUUGGCAAUUGUUCAUUUUUCAAUUCAUCAUGGAAGAAAAGGAAAAUUAGUUAACAAAAUUCCUGGUCCAAAAACAAUUCCAGUUUUGGGAAAUUUGCAUCAAUUUGCAUUACCUACAGAUAAAUUAUGGACUGCUCAAAGAGAACUUUGUAGAGAUUAUUAUCCAAUAAGUAGAAUGUGGAUAGGCAAUAUGUGUGGUAUAGGAAUUUGUCAUCCAGAUUACAUUCAGAUAGUACUUUCAAGUACAAAACACAUUGAAAAAAGUAUUAUUUAUAAAUUUUUACAUCCUUGGCUUGGUACUGGAUUAUUGACCAGCACUGGCGAAAAAUGGCAAAAGAGACGCAAAUUGUUAACACCAGCUUUUCAUUUCAAUAUUCUUCAAGGAUUUGUUGAUAUUUUCAUUGAAGAAUCUCAAAAACUAGUUUCUUCAUUAAAAACAGAAGGAUCAGAAGUGAUAAAAGAUAUUGAACCACUUUUUACCAAAUUCACAUUAAAUGCAAUAUGUGAAACAGCUAUGGGAACAUCACCAGACAGUAUGAAUGAAAAAAGUGACUAUCGAUCAUCUGUUCAAGAAAUGGCUAAAUUUGUAGUAUAUCGACUUUUAAGACCCUGGUUUCAUUUGGAUUGGUUGUUCAAUUUGAGUACAUCUGGAAUUUAUCAUAGGAAAGUUUUAAAAACAUUACACGAUUUUUCAACAAAAAUUAUUUAUGAUAGAAAAAAACAUCAUCAACAAUCAUUUGAGACAGAUGAAAAUUUUGCCGAUAAAGAGGAAUUAGGAAUGCACAAAAAAAGAAUGGCAAUGUUAGAUGUUCUUAUUUCUGCUUCGAGAAAUAAUUUUGCUAUAGAUGACGAAGGAAUACGAGAAGAGGUUGAUACCUUUGUUUUUGAGGGACACGAUACAACGGCAAUGUCCUUAAUAUUCACUUUGGCACUAUUGGCAGAACAUUCUAAUGUUCAGAAAAUUGCAAGAGAAGAAAUUUGCGAAGUAUUAAAUGAAAGUAAUGGAAAAAUUGGAUUUGGAGAAAUAAAUCGAUUAGUUUAUUUGGAAAGAUGCAUUAAAGAAUCAUUAAGACUAUAUCCCAGUGUGCCAGUUAUCACUCGUGUUGUUCAUGAAGAUCUUCAACUAAAAGACUUUAUAGCACCAGCUGGUUCCAAUCUUCAUUUAUACAUUUAUGAUCUUCAUCGAGAUCCAAAUUAUUGGCCAAAUCCAGAAAAAUUCGAUCCCGACAGAUUUUUACUCGAGAACAUUAGAAAUAGACAUCCUUUUUCUUAUGUUCCAUUCAGUGGUGGACCUCGAAAUUGCAUUGGUCAAAAAUUUGCAAUGCUGGAAUUAAAAACAUGUCUUGCUCAUUUACUGUAUAAUUUUGAAUUGGAGGCUAUUGAUUAUGCUCAUGAAGUUGUUAUAAUGCAAGAUUUAGUCCUAAGGCCAAAAAAUCCAGUUCGUGUAAAAUUUACAUCAUUUAACAAAAACACUCCUUUAUACAAAGUGAGUUAUAUUACCUAUAGUUUGGCACCCGUCAUUGUUGAUGAGCAACAUGGCUGUAUAAAUAAUAAAUCAACUACUACCAACUUAGUAAGCAUUACUCAGUAUAUUAAUCAAACUAUUUCGGAUGGAAACCAGCUUGAUGUGAUAUUUUCGCUUUUACGUCUAGAAAAAAAUUUUGUUAUUUCUAUAAUGAUUGGCCUAAUAUUAGGAAUUAUUACAAUAACAUUAGUAUUUUAUCAUUUUAAAAAUCAUUAUAAUAAACGAGGUAGGUUAGUAAAUAAAUUUCCUGGUCCUACCGUUCUUCCUUUACUUGGAAAUGCACGCGAAUUUUUGGGACCUUUGGAUGAACUUUGGAAAUCAUUGAGAAGAAUAAAUAAGGAAUAUUAUCCAAUUAAUAGACUAUGGCUCGGAGGGUUGCCAACAAUUAGUGUUUAUCAUCCAGAUGAUGUGCAGAUUGUACUGAGUAGCACGAAACAUACUGAAAAAGGUAGAAUUUAUGAUUUUCUUCAUCCUUGGCUGGGCACUGGAUUAUUAACAAGUACAGGAGAAAAAUGGCUGAUAAGAAGAAGAAUGAUGACACCAGCCUUUCAUUUCAAUAUUCUACAGGAAUUUGUGAAUGUUUUUGUAGAACAAUCAGAAUUGCUUGUUAAAAAAUUAAAAGGCGAAGGAAAUGAAAUUAUUAAAGAUAUAGUACCAAUAAUGACAAGAUUAACAUUAGAUUCCAUAUGUGAGACUGCAAUGGGUACAGAAUUGGAUGCAAAGAAAAACGAAAAAGAAUAUCGAGAUGCUGUACAAAAAUUGGGAGAUCAUUUUGUUUACAGAUUAGUAAGACCUUGGUUACAUAACAGUUGGAUAUUUAAUAUGUCAAAGACUGGAAUUCGUCAGAAAAAAGUUCUCCAAACACUGCAUCAUUUAACAAACAAAAUCAUAGCUGAUCGAGUGCAUUAUCAUGAACAAAAAGUCGGACAAAUAAAACAUUCCAAUUCAUCUGUAAAUGAAACUGGUGCAAAGAAACGAAUGGCUAUGCUGGACAUUCUUAUAACAGCUGCAAAAAAUGAAGGUUCUAUUGAUGACGUGGGCAUAAGAGAAGAAGUGGACACUUUUGUUUUUGAGGGUCAUGACACAACUUCAAUGGGUCUCACCUUCUUAUUACCACUUCUGGCAGAGCAUAGAGAAAUACAGGAGCGUAUAAGAAAAGAAGUUUGUGAAGUUAUGAAACAAAGUGGCGGAAAAUUAGGAAUGACGGAAGUUAAUAAAUUACAAUAUCUUGAACGUUGCAUUAAAGAAUCAUUGAGAAUUUAUCCAAGUGUUCCUAGUAUUGCUCGAGUAAUUCACGAAGAUUUAAAACUAAAAAACGGUUUAGUCCCAGCAGGUUCAAAUAUAUUUUUAUAUAUUUUUGAUCUUCAUAGAGAUCCCAAUUUCUGGCCAAAUCCAAAUAAAUUUGAUCCCGAUAGAUUUCUACCUGAAAACUCGGUAAAUCGACAUCCAUUUUCUUAUGUUCCGUUCAGUGGCGGAUCACGGAAUUGCAUUGGUCAAAAAUUUGCAAUGCUAGAAAUGAAGGUUGUGGUAGCACAAUUGCUUUAUAAUUUCCAUCUGGAACCCAUUGACCUAGCUCAUGAAAUUGUACUUUUUCAAGAUAUGGUACUAAGACCAAUGCAACCAGUACGAGUAAAAUUUUUAGCAAAGUAAAAAAUGACUAUGUAACAAAUUUUAUUUUCCUAAUUCAUUUAAAAAGAUUUUUAAGUUUGUACAAAUUUUUAACAAGUUACUUAAAAAAUUUUAUCAUUCCAGGUGUAAAUAUUUAUUUAUCUAAUUUAAUUAAUCGAAAACAAAUAGUAAUCAAAAAAUUUAUUAAGUUUCAAUAGAUUCCAUUAUUAUAUUAAUUGAAAAAAAUUGUAAAAUUCUGAUUAAAAUUAAAUAAAAGAAGAAUUUUUAAAAGAA